CGGCCAGAAGAUGGCUGACUUAGCCGGGCACCGCGAGCCCUCGGCGGCAUCCCCAGCGUCACACGGGCCGCUGAAAAGCGGCAAGACGUUCCCCGUCUGGCGACUGUAAACAGCUGCCGCUGCCUCUCUCGCUCACGCCCCCCUCUUCUCCCCCUCCUCAUCGCAAAUAUUGACAGAAGUAUCACAGAGAAAACAUGGCAGAGAUGGAAAAAGAGGGCAGACCUCCGGAAAAUAAAAGAAGCCGCAAACCAGCUCACCCGGUGAAAAGGGAAAUAAAUGAAGAGAUGAAGAGUUUUGCUGAGAACACGAUGAAUGAGUUGCUGGGCUGGUACGGCUACGACAAGGUGGAACUGAGAGACUCAGACAACCUGGAGAUAGGAGAGACACCACAACACAUCUCUGUCCUCAAAGAAAACUCGUUGCCAAAAAUGCCAGCUUCAGUGGAGAACAGUGAAGGCUCUCUGGACCGAGCCAACAGCUCCCUGUCCUUGCCAACCUCCAGGAAUGGAGUCACAGAGUCCUCCACCACACCGUCCACCUCAAUGCCCAGCACCAAGGAGCAUGGCAACCUGCCCAUCAUGGUCCCCAUGAUCCCCCCACCACUGAUCAAGCCCCCUGCAGAUGAGGAUGCAUCAAAUGUGCAGAUCAUGUGCGCCUGGUGUCAGAAGGUCGGUGUGAAACGCUACUCUCUGAGCAUGGGGAGUGAGCUGAAGAGCUUCUGCAGUGAAAAAUGCUUUGCAGCCUGCCGAAGAGCCUAUUUUAAGAGAAACAAGCUGGGAUAUAUAAGGAAUUGUGCUGCGAGAGACGACGAUGGCCUCGGUGGGAAAUUACCCCAGCACAGCUUUACUCAGGAUACGCCCAGACUUGUCUUCAAGACAAACAGCGACGUGCUUGUGUGCGACUGGUGCAAACAUAUUCGCCACACUAAGGAGUACCUGGACUUUGGUGCUGGUGAGCGGAGGCUGCAGUUCUGCAGUGCCAAAUGCCUGAACCAAUACAAGAUGGACAUUUUCUAUAAAGAGACCCAGGCUGCUCUGCCUGGAGCACUGUGCAACUCUGGACACGGGGCUGUUGGGGAGGGUAAGGCAGAGUGCAGUGGAGGGGUGCAGCUGCUAACUCCUGAAUCCUGGGGAACACCAUUAACGGACCUUCGGCGUAAAGCUCCCUCACCAGGGGGGCAUUCCAGCGCCUCCGCUGUGGCCCCUUCCACUUCUUCUGCCGCUUCACCCUCAGACACAGCUGCUGUCUGCUCCCCUUCCUCCUCCACUUCAGCCAAAAUUCCCACACCCAGACCCCAUGAGAGCCCAACCCUCCCCCUGCCACCUGUUCCUACUUUGCACCCGCCAGUUGGUGUUCCUUCAGGUAGCCCACCCAUGGUGAUGACACCCAGAGGACCCAUGCCCCUGCCUCUGUUCAUGGAGCAUCAAAUGAUGCAGCAGAUCCGGCCACCAUUUCUUCGUCCUUCUGUCCAUCCAGGAGGACCAAACAGCCCACUUUCAAACCCCAUCAUCCCUGGUAUUGGUCCACCACCUCCUCCGAGGACCCUUGGUCCAGCAUCAAGCCCCAUGCACAGACCUCUCUUGUCUCCACAUGUCCACCACUCAUCCAAUCCUAAUCCUGGUAUGAUCCCACCACACCCUGGCCUCCCCAUGCCAGGCCUUCCACCUUUUCCUCCCAUCAACAUGAUGCCUAAUGGACCCAUCCCCUUACCUCCAAUAAUGAAUUUUGGCAUGCCAUCUUUGGCCCCACUCGUACCCCCACCAACUCUUUUGGUUCCUUACCCUGUCAUUGUACCCCUCCCAGUCCCAAUCCCUAUCCCAAUCCCAAUCCCUUUCAACUCCAAAACUUCCAGGGAUCAUCCGGAGAGCAGUGGCUCUAUCCGCAGUGCUCCAGAGUCCUCUGAAGCAUCUGUCUCUAGGCCCCAUUCUCCAGGUCCCACUGGAGGUGACAGGGGGGAGCAGAAGACAGAUCCAUCUGGUAGGGAGCAUGUCUCUCCUGUACGCUCAGAGAGAAGCAGGACAGCAAUGGUGGAUUUGACUAUAAAGGCAGAGGACAAUUCAGGCAACAUUAGUCUAACCAGUGACACUGGACUGGUAGAUGGAGUUAUUGAUCUAACUGUGGGCCAAAGGCCAUGCCAACAGCAGGUAAUUCAGAGAAUGCUACCUGGAGUUCAGGUUAAAGUUGAGCCAGAGGCUGAAUCAAGGUCUCCACCAGCUGCUGGGUUGGGGAAGGAAGGGAAGGAUGACAUUGGGGAAAGGACUCUCCUUCCACAGAGCAAUGCUACUGAACUAAAAGGGAUUACACACCUUAACACACUGGAAUCAUCUGCCCCACCUUCUAGCAACAGCAUCUCCUCCAGCAAAGCAGAUCCUUCAGUAAACCAGCUGAAUCCCUGCAUCCCCAAUCUUACCACAGUUUCCUUACCCAGUUCAGUAAGGACCCAGUCCCUACCCCUGCCCCAGCUCCAAGCUAGCCCUGCUGCCAUGUGUAAUGUAAUAGUCAAUGGUACAGGAUGGCAUUCUCUUCUCACUCCUACAUUUGAGUCUUGCCCUGAUCGAAAGGGAGACAGGGUUGGAGGAGAUGGGGAGGCAGAAGAUGGACCAGCUAAUGGUGAUCUGGAGCAUGAGGCACUGAAAGAAAACAAUUGUUUGGUAGGUGAAUGGGAGACAGGGAAGAGGGUUUCAGCACAAGAUGAGAAAGUGGACAAAGUGGAGGGUAAGCCAGAUCUGGACUCCAGUAUGGAGGAAGGUGAGCAUGCCUAUGCCCUGCCACUUCUGUCAGCUGGAGGCUGUGUUGUCAUCCAGCCUGUGCCAAAGCCUGCGGCUGACAAGACGGCCAUCCUGUCCUGCGCCAUCACUGCACCAUUAUCAGCAGCUGGUAGCCCAGAGCUGGAGCCCCCGCUCAAGAGGAGGUGUCUGCGAAUCCGCAAUCAGAACAAAUGAGAUGGAUGCUUUGAGGACCGCAGUGCCAUCAUCAACUCACUUGUCUACUCCGACCCUGUAAAUCCCAUCACCACUCCACACAUAUGCACACACAAACACUGCUGUCAUCCUCACCCAUUGCCCAGUCCACCAGCAACACAAAUCGCCUUCGACGACCAAUAAGAAUCCAAGAAAAGAUGAUGUUGUCUAUCAUAGCAGAGCGACCAGAACUCCUUCUGGGUGACACGCUCUCUCUGAUGGACUGAGCGUCUUCAGACUGGACAUCAUGGCCAGCAGGACCUCUUUACUUCUUAACAUGAGACGGUUUAUUCCUGCAACAGGAAGCCUUCCCCCUCACUGCUUCUCACCUCAUUUAGAGACUCUCAGCCCACACUGCCCCUCAGACUUUACCCAUCCUCCCCCUUUUUUUCAAAGCAAGCACUCUGUAUUGUUUUUUAUUUUAUUUUUUUAACAUGGGGCUCUUUGUUGAGUUCAAUAUUCAAAGCUGCUGUUUGAAAAUUGGUGAAGGAACCCUGAAGAGAUAAUUGUGAAAACAGUGAAAUGCUUUUGGUCCAACUUGUUGCACCACAGGUAUGGGAUUUUUGUACACUAAGUGUUAUUUUUCCUCAUUUGCCAACCUGACACCAAGUGUUCAGGGUGAUUCUGAUGGAUGGUAAUUCAAAACAAGCAUUAAAAAAGACAAGAGUACAGUUUGUACGAUAUGACUGAAGGACAAGUCAAUUUGAUAUUUUUUGUUUUUCAGAUGCUGGGAAACUGUCCUUGCUCAUAAAAUCACUCUCAGUUACAGUGAGAAUUAUUUCUAUCAAAUCAGACAAUUGGAGACAGUGUUAAACAUCAGCAGAAACUAAAGGUGUGUAGGUGGAAUCAUGCAAUCUCUUCUGAGGUCUUCAACUUUAUUAAAUUUACUUGCAUCUUA